AUGCUCCGCUCCUGGCCCCAGGACGUGGCAGCGAUAAAAUACAAAUUCCACUCUGUCCCCGCGAUCUCCCACCACCACCAGACAUAUAAAGACUUCGAAAUGCAUGGAUUUCAGGGAUUUUGUUCUUGGGUCCUUCUCUGCUGCUGCUGUUGGAUCUCACAGGCAGAGAUUUUCACCUCAAUUGGUCAAAUGACAGACCUGGUGUUCACUGAAAAGGAGCUGGUGCAGUCACUGAGAGAGUACAUUAAAGCCGAGGAGUCUAAACUGGCUGCAGUCAAAAGCUGGGCCAACAAGCUGGACUCUUUGACCAAGAUCUCCACAUCGGACCCAGAGGGAUUCUUGGCUCAUCCGGUGAACGCCUAUAAACUGAUGAAGAGACUCAACACCGAGUGGUCGGAGCUGGAGAGCCUGGUGUUACAGAACCCCUCUGAUGGCUUCAUCUCCAAUAUAACAGCGCACAGACAAUACUUUCCAGACGAGGAGGACGAGACCGGAGCAGCCAAAGCUCUAAUGCGCCUCCAGGACACGUACCAGCUGGACUCCGAAGCGUUUGCCCAAGGGAAACUGCCAGGCACACACUCGGAUGCUCUUCUGACUGUGGAUGAUUGCUUUGGGAUGGGGAAAACGGCGUACAACGAUGGAGACUACUACCACUCGGUGUUGUGGAUGCAGCAGGCUCUGAGGCAGCUGGACGCGGGAGAGGAGGCAGAGGUGACCAAGUCAGACAUCUUGGAUUAUCUCAGCUACUCCGUUUACCAGAUGGGAGACCUGCCGCGGGCCAUUGAGCUCACACGGCGACUGGUGGCGAUUGAUCCUAGCCACCAGAGGGCAGGAGGGAACCUUCGUUACUUUGAGGUGCUGCUGUCCAAACAGAUCAACGAGCAGAAGCAGGAGUUUGAACCUGCAACAGAGCAACCCAUCCAACUGGGGACAUACACCCGUCCCAAGGACCACCUCCCAGAGAGAGAGGCGUACGAGGCCCUAUGUCGAGGAGAGGGAGUGCAGAUGAAUGAAGCCCGUCGCAGCCGCCUGUUCUGCCGCUACCAGGACGGCCACAGGAACCCUCAGCUACUGCUGCGACCGCUCAUGGAAGAGGACGAGUGGGACAGCCCUCGCAUCGUACGCUACAUCCAUUUUCUGUCUGACCAGGAAAUGGACAGGAUUAAGGAGCUGGCAAAACCCCGGCUUGCUCGGGCAACAGUGCGAGAUCCCAAAACGGGCAUCUUGACCACAGCUCAGUAUAGAGUCUCCAAAAGUGCCUGGUUGGAAGCAGAGGAAGAUCCGAUCAUCGCCAGAGUCAAUCAGAGAAUACAAGACGUGACUGGACUCACUGUAGAAACAGCAGAAUUACUGCAGGUUGCAAACUACGGUGUUGGAGGACAGUAUGAGCCACAUUAUGACUUCUCCAGGAAAGAUGAGCCCGAUGCGUUCAAAAGGUUAGGCACUGGAAAUCGCGUGGCCACAAUGUUAAACUACAUGAGUGAUGUUGUGGCCGGAGGUGCAACAGUUUUUCCAGACUUUGGAGCCUCGAUCAAACCCCGUAAGGGGACAUCCGUGUUUUGGUAUAACUUGUUCAGGAGUGGAGAGGGCGACUACAGGACUAGGCAUGCAGCAUGUCCUGUUUUAGUGGGAAGCAAAUGGGUUUCAAAUAAAUGGAUUCACGAGAGGGGUCAGGAGUUUCGGAGACCCUGCGGCCUCACAGAAGUGGAUUGA